AUGUCAGAAGAGCAGCCGGGGAAGAAACGAGAACUGAGGUCCGAGAUAAUGGAAUUAUCGUCCACUGACUCUGAGACUGAGUCACCAAAGGAAGACACUGAAGAUGACAUUCAGUUUGUUAGUGAAGGACCAUUGAGACCUGUCCUUGAAUACAUUGAUUUGGUUAGUAGUGAUGAUGAAGGACCUAGCACUUCUCAUAUUCAUGAAAAAGUGAAAAGUAAAGACUAUGUUGACCGUGAGAAGGAUAGAGUUGCUUUAACUCUGGCUCGACUAGCUCGCCAUGUGGAGGUAGAGAAACAGCAGAAAGAAGAGAAGAAUAAAGCUUUCCGGGAAAAAAUAGAUUUUCAACAUGCUCAUGGAUUGCAAGAACUGGAGUUUAUUCGAGACCAUAGUAACACAGAAGCAGCAAGAUUAUGUGUGGACCAAUGGCUAAAAAUGCCAGGACUCAAAACAGGCACAAUUAAUUCUGGAAGAAGAGGUCCAAUUCGAAAAACAGGCCAAAUGCCGAUGUCCAACAAACCUAUUUCAUGCCCCAUAAUGUACUGUAACAAGGAGUUUGACAAUGGGCACCUUCUCUUAGGUCAUUUGAAAAGGUUUGAUCAUUCUCCAUGUGAUCCAACAAUUACACUGCAUGGACCUCUCACCAAUUCCUUUGCAUGUGUAAUAUGUUAUAAAAAAUUUGCUACCCAACAGCAAUAUAGUGAUCACCUUUUUGCUAAGGCAGCUGCAGCUGAUGGACAUAAAACCAAUCUUCUUCCCCAGCUUAUUCAGUGCUUUGCAUGUCCAAAUUGCUUCCUUCUUUUUAGCAGCAAGGAUGAAUGUUUGAGGCAUAUGUCUGGAAAAAAUCAUUUCCUUCAGAGUUUUAAACUGGGUGAUGACAAAGAAAUAUGUCCUAUACCAUUUCCAUCUUUUGCAAAGAAACUUUUGAUAUCUCUCUGUAAAGAAGUCCCCUUUCAAGUGAAAUGCAUGGCCUGCCACAAAACAUUACGUUCUCACAUGGAGCUCACAGCCCAUUUCAGAGUCCAUUGUCGAAAUGCUGGUCCUGUAGCAGUAGCUGAGAAGAGUGUUUCCCAGGUUGCAGAGAGAUUCAAAGCAAGAGGUUAUUGUCCAAAUUGCAAUGAACUCUUUGUGGAUGAGAGCAGUACCAAUAAUCACAAGCAGAAUUUGGGACACAAAGUUCGAGUCAUUGCCUCAAUGGAAGAAUCCAUCUUGAUGUAUUGUCACAUCAAUGGAGGCAACAGACCUCCCUCUGAUUUACGCCUCCUGCUUGAGCAUUCAAAAUUUUCAUCGCUUAAAAGGACGCUAUCCAAUAAAGAUUCAAGGUCACAGGCAUGUAGCACUGCUCCAAAGAGGAAGAAAAAUUUGGAGGAUCAAAAUAGUGAAGGUGUAGUACAUAUAAAACAAAAUAAAUGGGUCUGGUUUUGUGAAUGCCAGCAAAAAUUCCUAAGUGAAGAUGCAGCAGAAAAGCAUGUGUUCUCAGCUAAUACAAUGUGCCAUAAAUGUGUAGUCUGUGGGAAGGUAUCUGAAGAUGCAGGUGUUAUGCGUUUGCAUAUGAGCCGGUUUCAUGGAGGGGCACAUUUAAAUAACUUUCUUUUCUGGUGUCGGACAUGCAAAAAGGAGUUACGGAGAAAAGAGACUAUUAUGGCUCAUGUGACUGAAUAUCAUCGUGGACACACUUAUUUUUAUGAGCAAGAUGCUGGAGAAGAGGAACCUUUGCCAUCCUCUUCUAAGACAUUGAUGAAUAGCCCUGUUAAUAGGAGGGGUCUUUCAACUAUUAUGCCUGUUCUUCAGUCCCCUCCAAAAAGUCCUCCAAAAAGCCCUCCCCGAGGGAAAUGGCAGUGCCGAAUUUGUGAAGAUAUGUUUGAUUCUGAGGAAAGUGUUAAACUUCACUGUAUGUGUUUAACAAGUCAUCAGUUUCAUAGAUACAGCUGUGACCAUUGCAAAAAGUCCUUUCACAAGAUAGAGACCUUAUAUCGACACUGUCAAGACCAACAUGACAAUGACAUAAAAAUUAAAUAUUUUUGUGGGCUAUGUGAUCUGACUUUUGAUGUGGAAGAAGCAUUUUUGAGUCACUAUAAAGAUGUCCACAGCAUAGACUAUGUGUUUGUCUCAGAAAAGCCUGAAACUUCUAUUAAAAAUGAGGAUGAUUUCCCAGUAUUGGAGAAAAGUAGCUUGUUAACAUGUGGCUGCCGGGAGAGUUACAUCUGCAAAACAAACAGGAAGGAAGAUCACAGUAGAUGUCUACAGAUCUUGCUUGACAAAGGUAAUCUGUGGUUUCGUUGCUGUUGGUGUUCAGCAACAGCACAGAAUGUUACAGACAUGAAUGCCCAUGUUCUUAAACGACACAAGGGAGAGAAAGAGCAUAAAGAAGAGCAGUACUUUGUGAAGUGUGCCGUCUGCAGCAAAAAUUUUCACGAUGCUGAGAGUGCUCAGCAACAUUUUCACACAAAACAUUGCUUCUUACAAAAACCCAACAUAGCUCAUUUUGGAACAGAAAAAUUAAGCCCAUUCAAGUUUACUGCCAGUGGUGCACGUGUAGACAGAAAACUGAAACAUCCCAUAAGCUAUCCAAAAAAUUCAGAAUCUCCUUCAAAUAGACUACUAAACAUGGAUUCAGGAGCUAAGAAUGACAUAGGCUGUCAGAAGAUAGAUGAAGGAGAUGUUGAGCUACCAGAUUUGGACUACUUGCGAACCAUGACUCAUAUAGUCUUUGUGGAUUUUGAUAACUGGUCGAACUUUUUUGGUCAUCUACCAGGAUUCCUUAAUCAAGGAACCUUUGUCUGGGGCUUUCAAGGAGGUAACACCAAUUGGAAGCCUCCAGUCAAUUGCAAGAUCUUUAAUUACCUCAACAGGAUUGGAUGCUUCUUCCUUCAUCCACGCUGCAGUAAGAGAAAAGAUGCUGCGGACUUUGCCAUCUGUAUGCACGCUGGCCGUCUAGAUGAACAGCUACCUAAGCAAAUUCCUUUCACUAUUCUCUCAGGAGAUCAAGGUUUUCUGGAGCUACAGAAUCAAUUUAAGAAGACUCAGAGGCCAGCCCACAUCCUAAACCCUCAUCACUUAGAGGGGGAUAUGAUGUGUGCCUUAUUAAAUAGUAUUUCUGAUACAACCAAAGACAGUGACAGUAGUGAAAAUGACCGAACAAGAACAAGCAGAAAUACUAUUCAAGAAGAGGAAAUCAAGUCCAGAGAAGUUCUCUUUAGCUGUGAAAUACAGAAUCAAAUGGCCAGAUGUGGAAUUGCAGGAAGUUCUCAAAAGGAGUCUGGAGGAGGUGUAAUUGAAGAGUCUCCUACACAAUAACAGCUGUCAUUGAAGGUGCUCACAAUAGUAGAAUCUUGAGUUCUACUUUGAGUCAAAAACCUUACUAGCAAACAUUUGAAAACAUGCUUAUGCAUUUAUUUGUUAGACUUGAAAGCUAAUGUUGCUUAUUUUAUGUUGUACUAAUGUGGAUUUAUAAAAUGUACAGAAGGAAGAGAAUAAAUGUUUAAUAUAAACUUGAAUCACCAUGUUCUAAGACAGUUGCUAUAAUCUCUCAAAUUAGCCAUAUGACUCUAUAUAGUUAAAAUAAGCUCUUCACUAUGGUUUUGUAUUCUCCUUAUUAAUCUUUUUUUGACUUUUCAUGGAUCUCAUUUUGGCCCUUUGUUUUUUACAGACAUAAAUUGCUCCAAUCUAAUUUUCCUAAAGUCCUGGUUAGCAUUGAGAGUGUGAUCUCUUAAUAUCUUUUUGAUGUCUUUUUAAAAUGUUCUUUAUAGUUGGAGAGAUAAUAAAAUCAUAUUACUUGCUUUA